GCCGUGGUUGCUGUGUGCUCUUGGUUUUUAAUUCUCCCCAUCACUCUCUUUCUCUUUUUUUUUCUCUCUUCUAGCUCAUCACAUCAUCGUAUAUGCUUUCUCUUCCUCCUCCUCUCGUCAUCGAUCUCAAGCUCGGCACAAAACUGUGAGAUCUUGGCACAUUGAUAAAGAUUCCCGCACAAGCACGCACCGGAGCCAGAGCUCGGUGCAAGUGGCCGUUCUUGAGAUUUGUAGAGCGAGCGAGAGAUCGCCUGCUUGGGGAACAGUGUGGUGGAGAGGAAUGUGGACGAGUUGUUUAUGAGUGGUGCAUUGGACACAAGAUCCUGCGUGAUUCUUGGUUUAUUAAAACAAAGUUGGCGAGGAGGAAGGAAUUAUACUAAUCGCCUCUCAGAUCAACAAGGACAGGCAGCAAUUAACAGGUAGCAGCAGGAGGAGGUGGGGUUGUGUCAGCUUUGUGCUUUGUGGGUGUUGUCCCUCCUGGCUCUGGCUUCUUGCCUCCCUCUACCUCCUCUCUAUCUCUCUCUCCUCCAUAUAGUUUACUUCCAUUGAGGUGCUUGUGCUCCUCACCGUUCUUGCCUCACUGCCUACGAUAGCAGCAGCAUCGGCCCGCAUAAGUAGGCUCAGCUUGGAGUGUGCUUGAAGCAGCAGUGAGUGCUGUACUGCUGUCGCAAUACCUCAUAAUCUGUUUGAUUUCCGCUGUACGAACGAUCUCCGGGCCGGCCUGGGCACGUUGCCAUAUUCGGUCGUCUCGCCACAGCCAUCCAGCAGAGUGUAGCUAGUUGUUCCUGCUCCUUGUACUUGUUUGCUCCUGGAGUAGCUGCUGUUCAUCUUCUGUGGAAAAAAUAUGGGCUAGUAGUGGUGUCGCAUUGGUUGCAGUGUUGUGCUAGUGCGUGCUGGUCUGUGUUUGUGGCUUUGUGCUGUGUCCAUUGAUCAGGAGUAGGAGAUUGUAAGGCCUGUGCCGUCUGUUCUUUGCCUGUCUCAAGAUGAAGUUCAUGAAGCUUGGAUCGAAUCCGGAUACUUUUCAGGAUGACGGCAAUGAAGUCAGCAUUGCGGCAACUGAAUUAGUGAGCGAUGUCACCGUUCGCAUAGGGACUACAAGGUUCUACCUUCACAAGUUUCCACUUCUAUCCAAGUGCGCUCGCUUUCAGAAGAUGAUCCCAACUACUGGUGAUGAAAAUAUUGAGAUUCAAACCCAUGACAUUCCUGGUGGUGCCAAGGCUUUUGAGAUCUGUGCCAAGUUUUGCUAUGGCAUGAUUGUCACGCUCAAUGCCUACAAUGUCACUGCUGCCCGCUGCGCUGCAGAGUACUUGGAGAUGCAUGAAACUGUCGACAAGGGCAAUCUCAUCUACAAGAUUGAUGUUUUCCUUGGAUCAAGCAUUUUCCGGAGUUGGAAGGAUUCUAUUAUUGUUCUUGGUACAACAAAGGCUCACUUACCUUGGUCAGAGGAUCUUAAGCUGGUUAGCCACUGCAUCGACUCCAUUGCUUCAAAAGCCUCUACUGACACUUCCAAGGUUGAAUGGUCAUAUUCAUACAAUCGCAAGAAGCUCCCAACUGAGAAUGGCCUUGAUUUGGAAUGGAAUGGAGUCAAGAAGCAGCAGUUUGUGCCACAUGAUUGGUGGGCUGAGGAUCUCACAGAUCUUGACAUUGAUUCCUACAAGCAAGUCAUAACAGCAAUCAAGACCAAGGGUAUGGUGCCCAAGGAUGUGAUUGGUGAGGCAAUCAAGGCCUACACAUACAAGAAGCUCCCUUCGUUAAGUAAGGUUUCAAUGGUCCAUGGUGAUGCAAAAGUCCGGGCAAUGCUAGUUACCAUCACAUGCUUGUUGCCAUCAGAGAAAGGUUCAGUUUCAUGCAGCUUCCUUCUAAAGCUACUGAAAGCAACCAAUUUGCUGAAAUGUGGAGAGCUGUGCAGGAAAGAGCUUAUGAAGCGCAUUGGACGGCAACUAGAUGAAGCAUCAGUGUCAGAUCUUCUGAUUCCCACGGUAGAUGGAGAGACCACAGUUUAUGACAUUGACAUGAUACUUAGUAUAGUAGAAGAAUUUGUAAGGCAAGAUAAUAAGAAUGCCCAGAAACAUAAUGGUGGUGAAGUGGAUGGUCAUGUCCAAGCACCUAGUGCAUCCAUGAUUAAAGUGGCUAAAAUUGUUGAUGGGUAUCUUGCCGAGGUUGCAAAAGAUCCAAAUACACCCAUUUUGAAGUUCAUUCAUCUAGCUGAGACAAUGUCAGUCAAUUCAAGGCCAGUUCAUGAUGGGCUAUACCGUGCCAUUGACAUGUAUCUAAAGGAGCACCCAAGCUUGGGCAAGAGUGACAAGAAGAAGCUUUGCAGCCUCAUGGACUGCAAGAAGCUGUCACCGGACGCCUGUGCUCACGCGGUGCAGAACGAGCGGCUGCCACUGAGGACCGUGGUGCAGGUGCUGUACCAUGAGCAAACGAGGGCGUCUGCCGCAGUCACCAUCCGAGCUGACAGCAUCUGCGUCGGCUCCUACGAGAGCUCGAGGUCAGGCGCAACCACGAACACGGAGGACGAGUGGGACGGCGUCAUGGCGGUGGAAGACCUCAGCCUGUCCAAGACCACCAAGCUCGACGACGCUGACAAGAACCAUUGCAACGGCAAGAUCGGGAGCAACGGCAAGGCGAAGGGCGGCGCGACGCCCAAGAAGGCGGCUCUCGGGAAGACGACGACGCCAAGCAAGGGCCAGUCCGGUGAGCGCAGCAGCUCGGAUUCGUCGGACAGUGCCAUCUUGCAGAAGCUGGAGCUCCCGAAGAGGACCCCCUCAAGGAGCACGAAGCCGACUGCUGCGUAGCGUAGCUCCUGCAUGAAUUCUCGGUGGAUUCGUAAGGAUCGCUAGGUUCUUAGCUGCUGUCUGGUUCUUUUCUCUCUUUCUUUCUUUCUUCAUCAAUGUUGCAUAGAAGCAAGAACUGAUGGUUUACACGUCUGUAGGGAUGUUAUAAUGUGAGGUCUUCUUUUAGGUGAUCUUAAUUAUUAGCAUGUAGGCUUGCCAUGAAACCUAUGAAAUGUUGGUUGCUACUUUGAGGUUUUAUGUCAUACUCAAAAGUUAGUUGUUAUGAAGAGUCUACUUUGUUAGAACUUAGUUCAAGC